GUGAUGAGUAGUUGCCGCGUGAACAUAUAGCUAUAAUUUUUAAAACGGUUCGUCGUUAUUUCAGUCGUUUUCUUAUUCCGUCGCUGUUAUGUCGAAUGAAAGUUAGUGUAGUGUUGUUUUUUUUUUCAUUCAUGUGUUUUUGUUUGUGAAGGGCAGUGCGCGGGCACCUUCUAAGAAUUGCCCCUCCUAGAUUAAUCAUGUCCGAACACCGCGCUUGGGGUGGACGGGAAGAAGGUAUGUGGUGGCCGGGUGCUGUCGCCGCCGACCAACAAACUUUACCUCACCAACAGUUUUUCCAACAACAAAUCGAUGAAGAAUCCAAUCAACAACAGACGUUUAAUUAUAAAAUGCCCAAUAAUUUUCAAAAUCCCGCUACAACGGUAUCCAAUGCGUCGUCUGUUUCUCCUAUUGGUGCUGCGGGAAUACGAGGGUACGAUUAUAGUAUGGCAGGUGGAAAUCCUACAAUGAAUACACCUGCACAGGGAACACAAUGGUGGUAUCCACCUUCUACGAUGGAUAAUAUGCAUAGUACAUUACAAAGUUUACAAAAUAGUAUUCAUGGAAUGCAACAACAGCAACAAAUGCAACCUGUACAUAAUCCCCCGUCCCCGUCGUUACAACAGCACCGCCAGAUACUCUCACAAGCUCCACUACCUCAAAAAGGAAGAAUGCCACGUGCAAAAGCCGAUGCCAAGCCCAGGGGCCGUAUGACUGCUUAUGCUUUCUUUGUUCAGACAUGCAGAGAAGAACACAAAAAGAAACAUCCAGAGGAAAAUGUUGUAUUUGCCGAGUUUUCCAAAAAAUGUGCCGAAAGGUGGAAGACCAUGUUGGACAAAGAAAAGAAACGUUUCCAUGAAAUGGCAGAAAUGGACAAGAAAAGGUAUAACACUGAAAUGCAGAGUUACACUCCACCCGCUGGUGAGAAACAAAGAGGAAAGAAAAGGAAGCAAGUUAAAGAUCCAAAUGCUCCAAAACGUUCUCUUUCUGCAUUUUUCUGGUUUAGUAAUGAUGAACGUGGCAAAGUUAAGGCACAAAAUCCCGAAUUUGGUGUCGGUGAUAUUGCCAAAGAAUUAGGUAGAAGGUGGGCUGAAGCAGAUCAAGAAGCUAAAGGAAAAUAUGAAGCUUUGGCUGAUAAAGAUAAAAUUAGAUAUGAAAAAGUAAAUAUAACUGUACUAUUAUAUAGUAUGUUUAAUUUAUCUAUAGCUGACAAGAUUUUGGUUUUUUUAUACAUAAUCAUUUCCGCUUUUUUAGGAGAUGACUGCAUACAAAAUGAAAAAUAAUCCCGCCAUGAAACAAACUGUACCUGAAGUAGAAGAAGCAGAAGAAGAUGAAGAAGAGGUCGAUGAAGAAGAUGAUGAGUAAACAGUGUAAGAUAAUCUCUCUUGUCGUUUUAAGUCGCCUUCUCAUUCCUCUAUUGUAAAUAUACAUGUUAGCAAGUGUAUUAAUCAAGGUUCUCAUUUUUUCUUAUUUUUUACCCAAACAAAACAAAAAUGUGUGUACUUACAAAAGAAUAUUGACAGUGUGUGAGUGACCGACCGCCUUUCAUUUAACUUUAAUUUUUAUAACUUGACACAUCGAUACAUUUAUUUUUAUUUUUUAAUCAAGUUGUAAAAGAACGUGUGUAGUGUAAUUUUUUUAUGAUUCAACUUGAAUUCUUCCUCGGCACUGUCAUACAGGAUAGUGCAAAGGACGUAGCGAGACAAUGCUAGAGUACCUCUCUCUUCAGCUCUUCAGUUUGCUCUAUUAUUGUAAAACUUUUGAUUUGGAUUGUAAAUGAACAUUGAUUUAUACUUGAAAGUUUUCAGCCUUAUCUUCUUGAUGUGUUGUUGAGGCGGUGGCAGAAUAAACAUUUUUUUGUAACUCGAAAUAUUUUCCAAAAAUAUGGGUUAAUAACGAAAAACGCUUACAUUUAUUGUCUGCGGAGGUUUUUUGCUGGUUUAUUAACUUAUAUAAUUGAAAAGAAAAACAUAAGAAGCUUUGGCUCGUAAGAUUUUACUCCAUUGACGAAAGCUUGUGGAUUAAAUAAGUCAUUUGCAACUCCAUAUUUUUAUAAUUUGUAGUAUCUGUAUUUGCCAGUUAUUUAUUUAUAUAAAAAACUGUUUCUUUUAAGUUGUAUCACUUUUAGUGUAAUGUACUCCCCAUUAAAAAAAAAGAAAAAAUUGUUCCCCCUAUUGUAUAAGCAGAGCAGGCUUAUUUUUGUUCAUAACGAAUAUUCAUACCAAAGUUGUUGAAGAUGGUAAUUUUGAAAAAUCUGAAUGUUUGCCAUUAUCACCUUCAUUUAUUUAUUUAUAUGUUGAAAAUGAAUAUUCCUUGUACAGUACUGAGUAACGUUUAUUUUCAUUUGAUAAAAACCAUUUAUUUUCAUUUGAUAAACACCUGUGGACCAUAUAUUUGAAUAACACGUCUCAACACAAAAUUUGACUUUGAAUAUAAUGUAUAAAAUUUCGAUAGUUUAGUUCGUAAUUACACAAAAAAAUUAUAUAACAUUGAUUUUGUAUUUAGAAGACCGACUAAACGAUAUUUUUCAAAAUUUGUGUUUUUAAUUGAAGAUAGAAUUAUACAAAUAAAUAUGUUUAUAAUUUUCAUCAAGCUUUGCUAUCACAAAUAAAUUCAAUGAGGGCUAUUGUUUCUAUUCUCACCACUUGACACCAUUAUCGAGUAAAGACCUAAAUAAUUGGGGUGAAAACAAAGUUUGCAUUCAAUAUGUUAAAACUGUUCUAUACGAAUACCCAGUUUACCUCAGUAUUGUGUAGUAUUGUUUAGUUCCUGAAAUGGAGAACAACAUUUUCAAAAGAAAUCCCUGGUUAUGCAAAAUAUUGAUUAAAUAGUUUUAAUUAUAACAAACGUAAAUAACCCACACACAAAUAUUGACAUUUGAGAACUCACGCUUCAAUGGCACAUGUAGCAGCGAAAUUUUCACUAAAAAUGUCACUUGGAUAAAAACCGUCCAUAUAUUGAAAUUAACUUCGAAAGAGAUACAAAUUAGUUGAGUUGGAGAAACAUUAUCUCCAGAUCCAUUUCAUCAUUUACAUAUGUUGAGAUAAAAAAAUUGAAUAAAUUGUGCAAUUAUGAUAGCAAUUAAUUAAUUCUGAUAUAUUUGAUACCAAUAAUUUUGAAAAUAUGAAAGUUUUUUAAUUAAUAUUCAAUAUAUGGUCCCCUUGUUAUCAAAACAGUGUACUAAACCAAAAAGGAAAUGAAUCCUCGAUUUUUAAUAAGCCAUUUUCAUAUCUAGAAGUACAACAAGAAACUGUGAUUAUUUUUUUAAUAAAAAUGGUUUAUUUUAAAUAUCUUACAAAUUUCCAGAUGGUUCACUUCAAUUUUAUGACUGUUUCUAUAUAGUUUUUUUCCUCCUGUAUAAAUGUUGACUGUAUUUACAACUCCAUGGAUAGUUUUAUCGAAUGUAAACAAUAAUGUUAGUGAUUACUCUUAGUUGUACUACAUUGUAUUUUUAAUAUUUGAAUGCGAUGUCCAUUAAAUGGACCCAGAUAUCCUGUGUCACAAUAAACUAUUGCUCUGUAUUAUUUUAGGGAGAAAGAGAUAGAAAGCAAUGUUUGUUUUUUAUAUCUGAUAGGAAUAAUUAAAAAAACAAAUAAAAUUUUCAAUAAA